AUGUGGUCUCAGCGUCUUUUGUCGGCUUUUCGCCUCUCGAAUAGAGUGAAGAUUUGUGCAUCAUCUGCGUUUGUCGCUUCUAGUCGAUGGAUUCACGCGCAGGAGAUAAAUCCGGGUGAAAUUUCGCUUAUCGAGGCGGUGGAGGAAUCUAAUGCGUCUGUUGGCAACGCUUCACAUGGAUCCGGGGUCUUUGAUGGCAGUCAUGAGUUGCCGCAGCACUUCUUUGAUGCGAAGCACGUGGACACUUUUUCACGGGCACGCGUGGUGAACUUCAUCAAACGCUUCUCUCAAGGAGCGGUGACUGGCAGUAACGACGUUUUCCAGGUGCAGGAGGUGAAGGGCAAUGACGGCUCUCAAUUGUAUCAUUGCCGCGUGCGACUUCCCUUUCAGAGUCAAACGGGCGAGGUUUGGGCGCAUGGUAUGGCGUGCAAUGGGAAGGAUGCAGAGAUGCUUGCUGCGAUGCAUGCAGAGUACAUUAUUGAUGAAUUUGGCUACCACAUAUACACACUUCCCUCCAUGCAACGCAAACAUGCAGAGGCGGCGCGUAAGGCUGGACGAUGGGCCCCCAUGCCAGACGACGGUGACAGGGCACAAACACAUAUUCGUAUUCCACUUCCUCUACGUCGUAUCGUUGAUCGUGACGAGACAGAGGGUGGAAAAUGGCUGUUGAUUGAGCUGCGACCAAACUACUACAUUUCCCCAGCCCAUACACUACUUUCACCGUGUCUUUUUGACACGACUGCCGUUUACCGCAUCAAGUCUUUUUUGGCGGAGCACAACCUUUCCUUUACUCAGCUGUGCACCUCGGAAGCGGAAGAACCACUUGAGAAAGGUGGACCGACAUAUUAUAUUGCCACUGUCCUUUUGCCUGGGGAGGUGACGACGUUCAAUGAGAUCAAAGCACAAGGGAAGGCUUUGAGUCGUGAGGCGGCUGUGACACUUGCCUGUAUGCAUGCGGAGUUGCUUUUGGAUGCACAUUCCAUCGCUCUCUUCCCGUCGGAUUCCGUGAAACAAAAACAGCACGCGCUCACGGCGUGGAGCUAUGGUCGUCCCGCACCAAUUCCAGGAGAAGACCAAAAGGAUCCCUCGCAUGUGGCAUGUCCGUUGCCUCUUAAAGAACUUGCAGUGAGGCGAGAGGAUCGAGUCUCGUACAUGAGCUACGAAGAGGACCUUGUGAGACGUCACCGUGCUCUCACCGAACAGACCUGUGAAUUUAUUGAGACACUAGUUUUGGAUGACGCGGCGGUAGAUCUUCUGAAAGGAUUUUUAAGGAGAGAAAAGACCCCCAGAACGGAUCCAUUUUUCAUUGAGGAGGUACAGGGAUUUUUCAAGGCUACCGUGGUGCUUCCACUCUCGGACGUAUUCGGUAUUCGUGGAGGAGUGGGUAUCGCCAUGAACGCUGCAGAUGCGGCUACCCUUGCCGCUAUGCAUGCGAUUGAUGUGAUCAACAUGCUUGGAGUGCACAUCAUUGCUGAAAGUACCGCACGAAAUGAUUGGAUUGCUACUCGUCGCUCUCGUGGCAUGUCAACACCUGCCGAGGCGCAGGAUCCGAGUCUAACAAGCCCUCCAGGCAGGCGGAGAAUUGUGAGGCAAACUAUUUUCAGUGAAUUAAACAAUGAUAAAACCGAUGACAACAUUAACCAAAAUGCCGAGCCAGCAGAUCCUGCAUUGCCACAAGCAUCAAAGCGUCGAGUCCCCAAAAGGGCCAAGGCUAUCAAUUCCUCGGAAGAGGGGGAGAAGACGACCUCAAAUAAAAGUCCAGAAAUGGAUUACAUCAAGAUGAGGGAGAGUAUUCCUAAAGAGUUGUGGGAACUUGAACCGGAUAGCCCGGAUGGCUACAUUAUGGUUUCGCCCACAGAUCCCGAGACGCGUACUCAGUAUGAACAUGCGUUGUAUUCUCCUCGGGAGAUUGACCCAUGUGCAAAGGUGCGUGUGAAAAAUUAUCUUGCAGCCAUGGGUAGACGUGCAGAAGAGGUGUUCUUUAUACAACGUAUUGAGGCGGAAGAUAAUUGUGGGCAGUCAAUCUGUCGUUGUGCGCUCAAUCUACCUGUGCCGCGUCGCUACGGGGAUCGUAUCGCACUUGGGGAAGCCGUCGAUCCAAAGGAUGCUGAGAAUCUUGCCGCAAUGCACGCGGAACUUAUUCUUGACACACUGGGAAUCCCACUUUACACGGAUGGGAUUUUGCAGCGUCGGCAUGCGGAAUUGUGUAUGAAGAAUGGACGCUAUGCACCUGUUGAUGAGUCCAGUAACAUUUCGCCCUCCACGAAGUCCCCGCCACCUCUUCGUCGAGAGGUGGUUGGAUCCAUUCACUGGGAAAAUAAGAACAAAAGGCGCACUCCUAUAUCCGUCUCCAAGUCAGAAAACACAGAAAAGACUCCAUUACUUCCCGAAAAGGAAGAAGAAGAACCGGUAACCGCCCCCAAAGAAGCGCGGAAUUACACUUUUAUAGUUGAAAAGGAUGUGGAUCUUGUAAGUCGUCCACGGGUACAGUACUACCUGCGUCGCCAGGGUAAGCCAAAGCUGGAGCCAGAGUUCCGUAUGGAACUACGUGGUCUGGGCAACGUUUUGCACAUUGCGGAGUUUACAGUUCCUGUUCCUGAAAGCUUUGGUCAGCGCAUUGCUCACGGUUCGGCAUUAACCAAGCGGGAUGCAGAAUUGCUUUGUUGGAUGCACGCUGAGCGUAUUAUUGAUGCCCUGGGUCUAUGUCUGUUCGAUAACCUUCCCGGGCUUCAAAGGAGACAUGCUGAACGCGUAAAGGGUCUUGGGCGAUGGGCACCACUUGUCGGUGAAGAUGUUUCUAAGCCACCUGACACACCGUCCCCAAUUCCACUGACACUUGGAACGGCACCGGAAAAGCCUCCCUACCCCAUUCCCCCCUCUAAUGUCGCACACGAGUGGGAUAAGUAUAUUGGGGAAUGCCGACGAUUUAUUGAGGUAAACACAAUGCGGGAAGAAAAUAUAUUCUAUGAACUGGAAAAAGUUCCACGGACGGGAGAUGCUGUGUAUGAUGCUGCACUUGAGGAGGUGGAGUCCGCCCCUAUUGACGUCGAUGCAAAGCAGUUUCUACAACGUUACUGUACAGCCGCUAAUGUGGAUUACCCCGUCUUUUGGAGGUCGCGUACAGUUGGCCCGGUAUCACGUCGUGUGUGUCUCACCACCAUUGAGGUUCCUGGGCACGAGCACGUUACCGCCAGUGGGGUGGCUGUUAACAAGGAUGCAUCCCAGCGACGCGCGGCUAUGCACGCUUUGGCUCUUUUGCGGCGAAUAGAACCGGACUAUUAUGAAACUGAAAAGAACGUGAAAUCUGAUACGGUGGAAAGGGUUGCUUUUAUCGACCCAUUUGCUAUGCUUGAAGACGAACCGCCAGCAGUGAAGCGUCCGGCCAAGCCCGGCAAAAAGAGAACAGGCAGUUGGGAUCCUGUUGCCAAGGACUUUUCUGAUGAGGGGAAGGUGCGUAUCAUUGAACUGUUUACGCUCUGUUUUGGUUUGCACCCACCGAUAGUACGGCACAUGAACCGUCGUGAAGGGACUCUUAUUCAUCACACCACCACCGUUGAGGUUACAGACGAGGAUGGGAAAUUGUGGGUUGGCGAAGGGAUGGAUGCGGGGCCUCGCUUCAAUGAAGCAACAGCAUAUGAAAAUCUUUUUUCAAAGCUAUCACGUGGUGUUUCUGGCUUUCAGGCCCUGAUGGAUCUUAUACGCACCCAUCCCCACUUGGACCCUGAACACAUUGCCAACGUCUCGCUCACAGAAGCACAGAAGGAGCGUAUCCAUCGCGUGAUUGAUGACCUACCCGAUAUGGAGGGGGAGGAAGUUGCCAAACCACAAGAAUGGGGUGCAACGAAAGUUGAACCCGUUGGCUUGCUCUCUCGAGUUGCCAUGGAUGUAUCUGAGCGGGAGCAAGUGUCCCAACAUCUCCGGGAGAAAUUAACUGAAAAGCUGACUAAUGAGGAAUAUUUGUCCAAGUACGCCUCAAAAAGGCAUGGACUCAGUAUAUAUGGCAAGCGAGAAGAAAUUUUGAAUGCUCUUGAGAAGAGUCAAAUUGUUAUUGUGUGUGGCACAACAGGGUGUGGUAAGACCACGCAAGUCCCUCAAUACAUUUUAGAUCAUAUGACCGAAAAGGGUGAGGGUGGGAACUGUUCCAUAGUCAUUACUCAGCCGAGACGUCUCAGUGCCGUUUCUAUUGCGCAACGUGUGGCUGCGGAAAGACUGGAGGGCAUUGGGGAAACAUGUGGGUACUCGAUUCGUCUGGACAGCCAACCGGGACGCAACAUUAAUUUUUGUACCUCCGGUAUUCUUCUUCGUAUUUUACAUGCGACUCCUCUUUUGAAUGGGAUCAAUUAUCUCAUUAUUGAUGAAAUCCAUGAAAGGGACAUUAAUUCAGACUUUUUGUUAAUUCUCUUACGACAACUGCUCCAAACUCGAAAAGAUCUGCAUGUCAUUUUGAUGAGCGCGACUUUCCAGGCAGAACAGUUUGGAAACUACUUUGAUGGUGCUCCCAUUAUCACCGUGGAGGGUUAUGUGCAUCCAGUGCAGGAGCUGUAUGUGGAAGAUUUGGUGCCUAUUGCGGCACAGCAAAAGGUGUUGCCCCCCUUGUUGAAGGAGGUGGCAGCUACACUUGAACGUGAAAGGGAGUUCUCACCCAGCGGGGACUCGCUUGAUAAUGCUGCAGCUUCUGCUAAUUCGUUAACAACGACAAUACCUGCUACGGCCAAGUAUGGGUUUAUGGAGGCUACCGCGGAGAUUGAUUACGUGACAAUCCAGUUUGCUAUCGAUCAUGCUGUGCGAACGUUGGACUUGACAAACUCGUCUGUCUUGGUCUUUUUGCCUGGGUGGGAUGAAAUCAAUAAGGCAUGUGAAAUACUUGAGCGCAACACAAAGUUUCAUAUUAUUUGCCUACAUUCUUCUGUUGGUUCUGAAGAACAAAUGCGAUGUUUUCUGCCACCACCGGAGGGAAAGGUGAAAUUGAUUCUUUCCACAAACAUCGCUGAAAGUGGUGUGACUAUCGACGAUGUCGCCGUCGUGAUAGAUGUUGGGCGAGCAAAAGAGAAGUCAUACAUCAUGCAGAAGGGAACCACCGCUGUUGGUCGCAAUGAAAUGGGAUCGAUGUCUCAACUUGUCACAGUUUAUGCCAGUCGAGCGAACUGCGUACAACGUCGCGGCCGCGUGGGGCGUACUAGGCCGGGUAUAUGUAUUCGACUAUACUCCAAGAAACACUUCCAGACGGUACAUGACUUUCAAACCCCUGAAAUGCUUCGGACGCCACUGGAUGCGCUGUGUCUGCAGAUUCUUGCCCUUGACUUGGGGGAACCAGCUAAUUUUCUACAACAGGCUAUUGAACCACCAUCGACGGAACACAUUGAAGCAGCAAUGAGGCGUCUUGAGGAGCUCGGGGCAACAACCUCAACACGUCAACUGACACCGCUUGGGCUUAGGCUCGCGCGACUUCCUGUGGCACCAAAAGUGGGGAAAAUGGUUAUCAUGGGGGCUAUCCUGAGGUGUUUAGACACUGCUUUGACCAUUGCCGCAGUGACCGACACCGAUGUCUUUAAUAGCGCCCGUGAUCAACGGGAAGCUGUACGACUACACAAAGAAGACCUUUCAUUGAAUACCCAAUCCGACGUGAUUGCGUCGGUGAACGCGUUUAAUUUUUGGGUCGUGGCUCAUUACGAAAAGCCACCAGCUGAGGUUGUCUAUGAUCUUCACGAACGAAUGUUGAGUGUACCUCAGCUUCUUACUGUAUCGAGGUAUAAACGCCAAUUUUUUGAUAUUGUUAUGAAUAGUGGAUUCCUAGGAGAUGGAAUUGCCUUUGAGAGGGAAAGGGACCAUACUCGAGCCGAUAUAUUUGUUGAUCGGUCCGAGUGGUCAACCGACGCCCUGAAUGUGGGACUAGUGAAGUGUGUGGUGGCAUCGGGUCUAUUCCCAAAUGUUGUGAUGAACCGAGGCAAGCGGUUAAUGCGGAAUAAACUUGCCAACCGACUGUCGCCAUCUUCAUCAUCGGUCGUGCACCGCACCUCACAAGAGGAUAUCACCCAACCGUUUUUUGUGUACGAUGAGCUUGUGAAGUCGUCGGAGUCCGACCGCCUCCAAGUGCGUGGCCUCACAAAUGUUCCAUUAUGGACUAUUCUCCUUAUGGGCACAAGCAGCAUGCCUGUCGUCUAUCGCGACGAUCUCAAUCUGGCCGUUGUGGACGAGUGGAUCAUGUUUCGCGCCAGCUUUGGAACGUUGGAGCUUAUUCGUAAAUUUAAACGUGCCAUGAACACUUGCCUUGGCCGCAAGUUUUUGGAUCCGAGUGACGAGAAGAACAAUGAGAAGCUGGAGGAGUUGCGCAGCAUCAUUAAAGAGCUUGUGAGCACGCCAUUCAAGCCAAACGAUUUGUCGGACAAAGUCUGGGAGGAGAAGGGCACCAUCAUCGAGCCGCGUAAGGCUCCAAAGCAGGAAGAGUCUCCACCAGAAACUGGGAGAUCAUUAUCAUCGUCAUCAUCAGAAAACAACGAAGUACCAAUCGAAACAACGAGGGUCGAAGUGGAGGCGACUGUGUAG